AACGUGUGAAUAUAACGACUUGUUUAAUAACUAUACUUACACGCUGUUGCAAAGAGAUUACUACAAAUGAGAGAUUAAUUCGCCAUUGAUUGAGAUCACAUCCGAACAAAUUGAUGAUAAUGAUGGAUCGACUGUAUCAAUCAGUGUUAACAUUGAAUCAAUGAUUCAUGAUUUAAUGUGGUCAGUAGCUGUUAGUGUAUCAAACAGGUUUGGUUCUGAUACUACAGAUUAUACUAAUAUCACAAGUAAUUCAGAUGAUGGUCCAGUUAUUAAUUGCCAGUCUGAUCUUUUGAUGUCUUCUACCAUACUAUCAUCACAGACGACAUCAGCAAUGUCUUCUACUGUAUUCUUUAUGUUCUCAACGUCACCUUUACCUUCUCUACCUUCUCUUACUUCUCAAGCUGUUGCUACUGAAACUCCCACACUUGGAACUAGUGAUCCAAAUGAAUCCAGUUCUUCACAGAUAGUUGGACCAGUAGUUGGUAUACUAGUAGCAAUAUUGCUAUUAGUAGCAGUGAUAAUGAUAGUGAUAGUAGCAGUUAUCCUGUACAAAAGAAAAAGGAAUGAUGAUAGAGCUGUAAAAGGCAAACCUGAAACCAAUGGCGCUCAGGGGAGGAAUGGUAAUAGAGGCUCUAACAAUAUGGGGUUUCCUGAUCAGGCUCAUUCUUCUACUAAUGAUACUAAUGGUGAAUCAAUAGUUAAUAAUGGCUACUAG